ACGCCAUGGCUGACCAGGCUGCAGCCAAAAAGGCCCUUCAGGAUCUUAUCAAACGUGACGACCUCAAGAAUAAGACUUGCAUAGACUGUGCCAACCCAAAUCCGCAAUGGGCCUCCCUCAGCUUUGCCGUGUUCCUUUGUCUCCAAUGUGCUGGCACCCAUAGAGGGUUUGGUGUCCAUGUCAGCUUCGUCAGAUCUGUCUCGAUGGACACCUGGCAAGAUGAGCAAAUCAGGCGCAUGCAGCUCGGAGGAAACGCUCCUUUUAGGCACUUUAUGCAAUCGUAUUCGCCUGCCGAUCAAGGGGGCUACACAGAUGGUAGCAGCUCCUAUGAUACUUAUCAUUGCUGGGCGGCUACCCAAUAUCGAGAAAAGUUAGAUGCUGAACUCGCUGGCAAACCGUGGACUCACUCUAGUCCUCCUCCCAGGGUAUCUAGCCCCGCCAGCCGCACCGCAUCUCCUGGGCGGCCCUCCUCGGCUCAGGGUCUCCGCAAAUCUCGCACAUCAACUCGAACCACCGGUAACACGUCCCCGGCUUCCUUCAGUCCUUCUGGUCAAUCCACUCCCGACCUUGCCUCGACGAACCAGAAGACCGCGAACGAGGCUUAUUUUGCUUCGUUGGGUCAAGCAAAUGCAUCUCGCCCAGCUGACCUUCCCCCGUCGCAGGGUGGACGAUACCAAGGAUUUGGAAGCUCGCCUUCUCCACCACCCUCCUCCCAGCAUCCUUCCUUUGGGCUGACUUCUGCCGCGGCGCCGUCGCUUUCUGAUUUCCAGGAAAAUCCUACCGCUGCACUCAGCAAAGGAUGGUCUUUAUUUUCUGCAGCUGUUGCAGGAGCUUCGCGCGCCGUGUCUGAGAAUGUUAUACAGCCUGGGAUGGAGCGAGCGAGGGACCCAUCGUUGCAUGCCAGUGUGCUCGGGUAUGUCUCAGAGGCGCAGCGUCGCGCGGAGGUAGUAGGUCGUUCAGCGAACCAGUGGUCCAAGUCUCAGCUUGGAGUGGACGUUGCAGAUCAUGUAGGGGGUGUCGUGGGUACCGUGAAGGAUAAGAUUGGUCGCGGCCCGCAGAGUGCUGGGUAUGGGGCAGUUGGGACGGAGCAUGAGGAGGAAUCCUCUGCGUUAUACCACGAUGACACGGAUGACUUCUUCAGUGAGUAUGUGGACGCGCGACAUGGCAACAAUGGCCAACAACAUUCGUCCCAGUCGGUAUCCCAUGCCACGACAGCUUUAAAGGCACCCCAAGCUGGUGCAGCCAAACAAGAUGACUGGGACGAGUGGAAAGAUUUCUAGCAGGGUAGUGAAUCAAACGGACGUUUGCACGUCUGAGGCUACGUUUGGUACUGUAAUAUGGAUGUCACUUCACUUAUAUAUGCUGGUGUGAUGUUACUUUUAUUUCUUAAAGUCUGAAGCAAGGCACUUGUUGUAGAAUAGAUGUCGCUUAUUGGUGUAAGUUAACGUUAACUUGACUUCGCCUGCGUUAGUUCCGGCCGGUUCUUUCGAGCUACCGG